AUGACCGCGGUGAAGCACGCGGAGGCACUCUCGCAGAUUGGACAGGCGGAGGCCUUCAAACAGGAAGGGAACAAUCGCUUCAAAGAACAGAACUUCCGUGGUGCGCUGGGGAGCUACCACAAGGUCUUUUGCUUCGUGAACGGUUUGCAACUGCCGGGAGAGAGAAAUGAGGCAGCCCAGUAUGCAGAGAUGAUGGGUCGGCAAGCGGGCGCGAGCAUGACAGUGCCAGGGGACAGGGUGAAGGACGUGAAGAAGCUGAAACAAUCCACGUAUCUCAACAUGGCAGCGUCGCCCCGCCGCCUUGUGCGACUGGUGAUCUCGACCCUGCCAGCUAGAUCCAAAUAAUAUGGGCGACUGGAAGAUGAGUUUCCAGUAAAAAUGGUCAAUUUCCACUAAACAUGGUAUAAACAUGGUCAAAAAUAAGACAGGAUUCCGAAUUGUGAAUUGGGGGUUUGCAUCUAUCUUUCAUGAUUAAUGUUAAUUGGAGGGUAUCUAUCUUUGAUCAUAUAAAUUCUAUAUACAUAUGCAAACGUGAACCUUUGUAAAUUUCGGUUCAAGAACUGAUUCUGCACAGCCCGCUGCAGGUGUUAUUUGAAGCUCGGGGAGCA